AGCUCAUUCAGAAGAACCAAUAUCAUUUUGCAACAUUUGAGAAUGUCCAAGCACACGGAAGCAGCAGAUGACAUACUGCUGGAAAGAAAAGGUUGCGCAGGAGUGAUGAUACUCAACAGACCAAAGUUACACAAUGCACUGAAUCUUUAUAUGACUCGGCAGAUUUAUUCACAUUUAAAGAAGUGGGAGCAAGAUCCUGAAACUUUCCUGGUUAUUAUAAAGGGAGCUGGAGAAAAGGCUUUCUGUGCUGGGGGUGAUAUCAGAGAACUCUCAGAAGUUACAAAGGCAAAACAGAAGUUUGCUGAAGUUUUCUUCAGAGAAGAAUAUAUACUGAACAAUGCCAUUGCUUCUUUCCAGAAACCAUACAUCGCACUUAUGGAUGGAAUUACAAUGGGUGGGGGAGUUGGUAUCUCAAUUCAUGGACAAUUCCGAGUAGCUACUGAGAAGUCUGUUUUUGCAAUGCCAGAAACAGCAAUAGGACUGUUCCCUGAUGUGGGUGGAGGUUAUUUCUUGCCAAGACUUCAAGGAAAACUGGGUUACUUUCUGGCAUUGACAGGAUUCAGACUAAAAGGAAGAGAUGUGCACAGAGUAGGAAUUGCUACACACUUUGUAGAUUCUGCAAAGAUGGGCAUGUUAGAGGAAGAUUUGGUAGCAUUGAAAUCUCCUUCAAAGGAAGAUGUCGCAGCUGUCUUAGAAACCUACCAUACACAGUCCAAGAUUGAUCAAGACAAGUCUUUUAUACUCGAGGAACACAUGGACAAAAUAAACAGUUGUUUUUCAGCCAACACUGUGGAACAGAUUAUUGAGAAUUUACAGCAAGAUGGUUCACCUUUUGCCCUGCAGCAGUUGAAGGUAAUUAAUCAAAUGUCUCCAACAUCUCUAAAGAUCACACUAAGGCACCUCAUAAAUGGGUCUUCACAGACCUUGCAGGAUGUAUUAACUAUGGAAUAUCGACUGAGUCAAGCAUGUAUGAGAGGUCACGACUUCCAUGAAGGCGUUAGAGCUGUUUUAAUUGAAAAAGACCAGAGUCCAAAGUGGAAACCAGCUACUCUAAAAGAAGUUACUGAUGAAGAUUUGGAUAAUUAUUUUAAAUCUCUGGGAAGCAAUGAUUUGAAAUUUUGAGGUGACUGUUCUUUUAAGGCUUGUUUUGUAGCAGGGAUUGACAAACUACAACACAUGGACCCAGCUUGGCCUGCCACCUCUUUUUAUGUAGCCUACAAACUAAAAGUGAUUUCUUCAUUUAUGAAGGGUUGGGAAGGGAAAUAAAAAAUUAAUAUUUCAUGACUUUUGAAAAUGACAUAAAGUUCACAUGAGUGUUUAUAAAUAAAGCUUUAUUGGAACAUC